AUGGCUCCCAAUUCUCGUCCGCCAUUGACGAGUCGCAUUCGAGCUUCCUUUGAAGGGAAGCGUUCCAAGUCCGAAGUCACCAGUCCCACAGCCAUCAAUGGCUUCGUCAAUCAGGAUCCACAGGCCUUUCGAAAGGCCCUUGACGAGGCUCUCAGCAGCGAAACUUUUCAAAUUGCUAUAGCAGAAAACUUGGCAAAGAUAAUCUCUCCUUCCAUCAAAGAUGCGCUCGACACUCUGCAACCGCUGGUGGAAUCGGUAUAUUCGCACGAGGUGCUGCUCCGAAAAACAAACAGAAGUGUAGAGAAUUUACUGGAACGAAUUGAUACUCAGCAAUCGCAGCGUAAUGCAGAGUCAACGCCUGCACCUUCGAGUCCUCGAACACCUACAGCGCGCUCGCCCCCGCGGGGAGACGCCUUUGAUUCAGCAGGCAUGGAACAAUUCAAACAGUCACUCGAGAAGAACAACAAGCGAACUGUUGCGACCCUUGCCGAACUAUCGAGUGCGGUAGAAAGCAACAACAAAAAGGUUAGCGAGGUCGCAUCUGGCAUUGAAUCUAUACAAGCCACAUUGGGUCCCACCAAAGACGAUAUAGACGCCCUUAAAACCUCUACCGAGCAAUCGACAACUACAGCAUCUGUUCUCCAGGCGCAAUUGGACCAGUUGAAGGAGGAUAUUGGAUUGAUUGUUGACGCUGUUGGCUCAAACCUUGGCAAAAAUGUGGAAAAUAUCAACCAACAAGUAGCCGAGCAUCCAGCUUUAUUGGAAACGCACGCAACAAAGUUAGAUGCGAUUACUACGGACCUCGCAAGUCUGAAAGGGACUGCAGAUAUAUCAGAGAAGAUAGACUCUAUUUCUGCGCAACUAGAUGCAUUGAAAACGGCUGUCGAAUCGAGUUCUGGGGCCCCUACAGAAUCCAGCGGCGCCGGCGCCAGCCCGGAAGUUAUGGAGGCACUUCAAAAAUCGAACGACUUCCACGCCUCCCAUGCUACCGUACUAAACGAAAUCAAAGAACGUUCCUUGACCCAAGGAUCCGAACCGGCUGCACCUUCGACAGGAGGAGAAUCGGAUCCGGCAGCGUUACAAGCGUUACAGGCCGAGAUCACAUCUAUCAAAGAGAAUAUUGAAACAGGAUUUGCCUCAAGUGGAGAGAACCUUGCUGGGUUGAGCUCCAAGAUGGAAGAAAUAAGUUCCAAAGUGGAUGAGAUAAGCAACAAGGUGGAUGAGGUGAGCUCCAAGGUCGACGUUGUCUCUUCUACUGUAGAAGAGCACAAGGCUGCCGAUAAUGGCGCGGAUAUCUUGGCUGCUGUUCAAAAAUCAAACGACUCUCACGCAGCACAUGCGGAAGCUUUGGAAGGUGUCAAAUCUCUUGGUGGAAGUGUUGCCGCUCCAGCGUCCUACGAUACCAAUUUUGCUGCCUUGGAAACUCAGCUCGCAGAUCUUCACUCCAAAAUGGAGGCUCAUUCGGGAAGUCUAGAGCAAAUAAAGUCUACUGGAGGUGGUGAUGUUGCUCCAGCUUCUUAUGAUGCAAACUUUGCUGCCUUGGAAGCUCAAAUUACGGCUCUCGACACCAAGAUGGAGGCUCACUCUGGAAGUCUAGAGCAAAUAAAGUCCACUGGAGGUGGUGAUGUUGCUCCAGCUUCUUAUGAUGCAAACUUUGCCGCCUUGGAAGCUCAAAUUGCGGCUCUCGACACCAAGAUGGAGGCUCAUUCAGGAAGUUUGGAUGAGAUCAAAUCGGCCGGUCCCGCAACGAGUCGCGAGGUUGCGCCUGUAGAGGGCGGAGGCAAUAUUGGAGAGUUGCAAAGCGACGUUACCGCCAUUAUUGGCAAAUUGGAUACUCAGACUAGCCUUAUCAAUGAACUGAAGCACAAUAUUAGUGCCGAAAUUCUGACAUCGCUACACGACUUGGGCCAAGCUCAAACAAGCCAUACGCAAAUGUUAUCUGAGAUUAGAGAGGGAGAUGUCAGUGCCGAGAUUCUUACCGCUUUACAUUCUUCCAACGAGUCACAUGCUAGCCAUGUGGCCGCGUUUGAGAAAUUGGACGCUGCUGUACAAGCUUCGAACGAAUCCAUCAAAUCUGUUGAAGGAAGUGCUCCAGUUGGCGAUUCAAGCGCCCUAGAACCACACCUUACCGCACUCGCUGCCACUUUGGGUGAACUCAAGUCUAAAUCAGUCGAAGCUGCACCUGUUGGCGGAAGUGUUGAUUUGGCUCCUCUCGAGGAGAAGAUUGGCGCUGUUUUGAUCGCAUUAGACGACCACAAGACAACGCUAACAGCAAUUCACGAAGGUACAACUGCAUCCAACGAAUCCCACGCCGCCCACGCCGUUACUUUGGGUGAGUUGAAAACUGCUAGGUCAGCAGAGCCAACAGAGACUGCGCCAUCUGGGGAUAUCUCGGCGCUUGAGACACAAAUUGGAUCCAUCGUUACCACUCUUGAAGAGCAAAAUGCUACUCUCGCUACGAUCAAAGAUUCAACAGCGGCAUCUCAUGAACUUCAUACCACGUAUACCGGAGCUCUCGAUGAGAUCAAGGCAGCAACAAUCAGUGCAAACGAGUCCCAUGCCGCCCAUACAGCUGCUUUUGAGGAUCUGAAGAGUGUUCAACCUCGUGAGGCUUCGACCGGCAACGAGGGAAGUCCAAAUGUUGCUGCUCUUGAGACACACCUCAAUACCAUAAUCGGUACCUUAGAACAACAAAAUGGAACUCUUGCUGAAAUCAAGGGAGCGUCACCCGAUCCAGAUGUUCUGGCUGCUAUCAAGGCAAAUCAUGACAUUCUCGCCUCUUAUGGUCCUGUUCUUGGGAACAUCAAGGACGGAAUAUCACAAGACGAGAUUCUGAAUGGUAUUACAGAGCUCAAGGCUUCUGUUGGCGAUUCAAAAUCUGCAGUUGAUGCCCAUGGUGCCUUGGUUAAGGAUCUACACGAGGAGGCCAUGAGUUCGAGUUCUGAGAUCGCUUUAGCAAUUGGGGCUCUUGCUCUUGGCGGUGCGGUAAGUGCAGGUACGGUCGCUGCCAUGUCUAAUGGAGAUAAGGAAAUUGAAGAGGAAGCACCAGAGCCGACUAUCGAAGACCCUGUCCCGCAGCCUGUUGAGGAGGAGGCAGCACCUGAGCCGAUUGUAGAAGAAUCCGUGCCCGACCCAGAGCCGAUUGACGAAGAGCCUGUUCCACAGCCUGUUGAGGCAGUACCUGAGCCCAUCAUCGAAGAAACGGUGCCCGAACCUGAAACUAUUAUCGAGCAGCAGGAGCCAGUCGAGGAAUCUGUUGUUGAGGAGCAACAACCAGUCAACGAGGAACCACUUGUUCCUGUUGAGCCGGCUGUCGAGAAAGCUUCAGUGGAGGAGUCAAUUCCAGAAGAAACUGUGCCUGAACCUGAGCUUGUCAUCGACAAUCCGGAGCCAGUCGAGGAGGAGGCAUCACCUGAGCCGAUUACAGAACAAAUUGUGCCCAAACCUGAUCCUGUCACCGAGGAGCCUCCUGUUCCUGAUGAGCCGAUUGUCGAGGAGCCAAUUCCUGAAGAAAAGGUUGAAGAAGCAGCACCUGAGCCCAUUGCCGAAGAAGCUGUGCCCGAAUCUGAACCUGAACCUGUCAUCGAGAAUCCGGAGCCAGUCGAGGAGGAGGCAUCACCUGAGCCAAUUCUCGAAGAGCCUGUUCCCGAAACUGUCGAAGAACCAGCACCUGAGCCGAUUACAGAACAAAUUGUGCCCGAACCUGAUCCUAUCAUCGAGAAGCCGGAGCCAAUCGAGGAAGAGGCAUCACCUGAGCCGAUUAUCGAGGAAACCGUGGACGAACCGGAGCCUGUCAUCGAGAAUUCGGAGCCAGUCACCGAAGAACCUCCUGUUCCUGAUAAGCCGAUUGUCGAGGAGCCAAUUCCUAAAGAAAAGGUCGAAGAGGCGGCGGCACAGCCAAUAGCCGAAGAAGCAACACCCGAGCCUAUUGCGGAGGAAAGCGUUCCAGAACCCGCUGAACAGCCAGUUUUGGAGGAGGCUCCAAUUAGGGAGCCAGUAAUUAAAGAUGAAAGGGAAACGGAGCCGGUACCGGAGGUUUUGGACGAGCCUGUCCCAGAGAAAGAACCUGAAAUUGCAUCUCCUGCUGAGGAGCCGAUCGGGGAACCUGUAGGCGAGAAGGAUUCAAUUGACGACGUGCCGGAAGAUAUCCCUCAAGACAAAGGCAAAGAGCUAGCUAUUACACCCCCGGAGCCUGCAACACCGGGUGAAGAAGGUCCUCUGUCGCCUAUGUCUCCCGUGUCUCCUGGUGGUGAUACAGACUCGGCAUCAACAAGCGCAUUUGCUUCUCCAUCCGGACCGUUGUCUCCGAGUGCUGAUUCGCCUAGCAAGAAGAGCAAGAGAGAUAAGAAGAAGAAAGGAAAGAAAUAA